AUGCAAAAUGCAGAGAAAAGUGUUACCUAUAUUAACGAGCUUAACUCAAAUGACCCGUUUUACAAGUGGGUCGAAUCGCGCCGCUGGACAAAGACGGAAUAUAGAAACUCUCUAGCUGAUUAUUUCGAUAGAAUUGUAAAGCACCCAGGCCAAAUCGAUUUAGUUUUUCGAAACAUUCUGAAGAACACCCUAGAUGAUGAUCCCUGCUUAGAGGAACUGAACAAGCAAUACGCGAUCUUCCACAAGGAGAUCGAGAAGCUGGAUUCGUGCGUCGAAACGACCAAGGAAAACGAGCUGUACUUGCUGCAAAAGCGCGUGGAGGGGAAUGUUCCGAUCGUGAAACCGGCUCGCAAGUUCAUAACGAAGGGAUAUUUCGCGUGCAUCGUUCCCACGAAGCGCGAAAUCAAAGAUAAUUUGAACUACGCGAUCUCGGAAGUGGAGCAGCGAAUGCAGUUUUAUAUGUUCAACGAUAUUCUGCUGUAUGGGAAGGAGACGAACGGGAAGCUCUACAUUCGAGACUAUUUCUACUUCGUGAAUUCGAUCGUGGAGAUCGAGGAGAACGUGAUUACCAUCCAAGACUACGAGAAGAGCGUUUCCUUCUGCGAGCUGAUUCGAAGCGAUCCGCAGGAUUUGAUGAAUAUCAAGCCCAUUACCGAGUGGUACGACCAGAUCGUGAAGGCCAUCGCGGAGAUGCAGAAGCGCUUCCGCAUUUGCAGCAUUUGCAACCAGAACUGCGAGUUCAACGCGGAGCUCGACGAGCAAAUUCGAACGGCGCACGAUAUGUCGCCUGUGAAGGCGUCGAAGCCUGGCAAAGACUCGCUGAAAGCGGUGUUGUGUCGUGGAUGCGGGCGUUGCAUCUGCACGAAGUGCAUGGAUAUGCACGCAGAUGCUUUGAAGAGCGCGGUGGACAAGACGUUGUACUGCGUCCCCUGCCAGAUUUGGAAUAAGCGCGAGUUGGCGAGCACGGAGGUGUACAAGGCGAUGUCGAAGGACCGCGUGGGCGCGUGGGUGCGCGCAGUGGGCGACAUUCCGUCGAACAAGUUUUAUUACAACCCCACGACGAAGGAAGUGUGCUGGGAUGUACCCGCGGAGGGAAUGGAGGAGUACCAGAAGUCCUCGUAUUUGCUGAUGCAGUCCAAGUUUGAGCCCUCGAAGAAGAACGGCAUGCUGCUGUCGUAUGUGACUCCUGACGGGAAGCUGUAUUAUUACAAUACAGCCACGGAUCAAGUGCAGUGGCGGACGACGGUGGACACGAUGGGAGGAGUUGGGACAACGUACUGCUGCAUGAACUGUGGACAUGAGUCAAGCACUUGGUUUGCUGUGUGUAACGAUUGCAAGAAGCGAUCGAGUUUGUGA